CAGUCCCGGAUUGGCUGUUGCUGGGUAAUGUUUCGAAUCAUAUACACGCCAUGGUCUUGCGUACGUUCGGUCGAGCAUUAGCACACACAUCCUGCUGUUGCGGUUGUAGCACCACUUAACACUGCUCUUCCUAACCAAAUUCUAACCUAAUAAAUACUCAAAAAAAAAAUUGCUUAAAAACUAGCUCGUAGCUGCAACGAAAAGUGUAAAUGAAGUGCGUAUUUUAUAAGUGCUGGUUUGUGGCCGAAGUGUCUUCCUCGCCAUCGCGCUCGAUUUUUGUGCUUUCUGCUUUCUGAACCGCAAUACAAUGAAAUAACAACAACAACAACAAUAAAUGAAAUAAAAUUAAAAUAAAGAAAUAAUAAGAAGAAAAGUGCUAAAACAAAAACAAAACUAAAAAAGUGCAGGAAACAAAAGAAGAAACACAAAAGAAACACCGACGAAAGGAAAGGAAAACGCAAAGAAAAGCCAAGCAAAGCAAACAAACAAUAUAUUGCCGUUGUAUCCUUGUGGGUUAAAGCUGUAGUGGGCGCUCGCGUACGCCGACGCGCGGUCCUCACUUGACAGCUUUGCGGUCGACGCUACGCUAACGUCGUCAUUUGUUGUUUUUGUGUUACACGUACUUUGAAUGCGUACGACCAGUGGCACACUAUCAUCUCGUAACGGUUUGUUUGUUGUUUGGUGCCCAUACUCCAACACACACACACUUACACAAGUGGUACGAGUAUUCGUCGCAAGCCCGUGUAUGUGUGUGUGCGCCCGUUGUGUUUGCGUUGCGGUACGCGCGUGUGUGUGCCAUUGCAUUAGUAACGGUGAUUCAACUGUGAAGCGUGACAACGAAUAUGAUUAAAAUUACACGUAAGCGGUUAAAGGCAACGCAAACGUACGUAACGAGUUGAAUUGAGUUGAGUGUGUUUGUCAAAUUGCACCGCAUUGCAAGCGGCAAGUGGCGUUAGUGUGUGUGUAUUAUUGUUUAUAUAUUGUAUAUGAGCGGUGCACAAACAAACUGUUAUAAGGCAACACAUUAAAGCAUCUACUUAAAGGAUAUCCUAAUUCUUCUAUGAUUACGCUCAACAAACAACAAACAGAACUUCCACUUUCCACUACACUUUUCGAUGCCCAUAAAAACGAUUAAGAUUAAGAGUAAAUGAUGUCCUGGAUAGACGAAUUAGAGAUAAUCACCACUUUCCAAAAUCAACUGAACAACAAGUGCUUCUCAGCUUUGGUGCUUCCUUCCACAACGUUGUCUUCGAAAUUACAAACUUCCGCUGGAAAUGCAAUUACGCGUAUUUUACUGUUGUUGAAUUGAAUUCAUCCUGCCAAACAUAUAGAUAAAUUGCAAUGCAUGCUAAUGUCACAUCGGAUCGUGGUGGUGGUGGCGGUUCAUGGCGUCUGCCACCUGAUGAAACACUGCAAGUACAAGAUCCCAAACAGAAGAAUGACGAUUUAGAUUUGGAUGAAGGUCACAAUUGGCGUAGCAUCAUAUUUUCGCUAUUAGUUAUUAGUUUUGUAAUAGCCGGAAUUAUAACCGCAAUUUAUCUAUUAGGUUAUGUCGAUGAAUUACUGUAUUGGUCGGGGCGUCGUAUGAUACUCGACGAGUACCUGCAGGGCGAUUUGACGCCCAAACGUCUACAACCCGCUUGGGUUACAACGCGUAAGUAUGUCUUCCAAUCGGAUGACGGCGGACUGGCCAUUUUGGAUACGACCAGCAAUUCGGUUAGCACGCUCGUUACGAAUCAUACGCUACGACAGUUAAAUGUGCGCGGCUAUCAGUGCUCACACGAUCUGCGAUAUGUUCUAUUUAGGCAUAAUGUUAAGAAGAUUUUUCGAAAAUCAUUUACUGCAUUUUAUACAAUCUACGACGUUGAAAACGAUCACCAUAUGCCUGUAAAACUAAAAGAUUCGCCGAAAGUGCAGCGUACGCGUCUACAAUAUGCCGCUUGGCUAGGCAAUACUACCUCGUUGAUCAUCGUUGUCGACAACGAUAUUUAUCUACGACAAUCACCUACUGACGAGGAGGACAUACGAAUCACAAAUACAGGGUAUGAAAAUUACAUUUACAACGGUGUACCAGAUUGGCUCUAUCAGGAGGAAAUAUUCGAAAAACCCGAAGCGAUAUGGGCCUCACAAGACGGUACACACUUCAUGUAUGCCUCCUUCAAUGACAGCAAAGUGAGUAUGAUGACAUACCCGUGGCUGGCGUCGGGCGGUAUUAUCGCUGGCAGCGGCAUGUCAUCGGAAAGCUCAUUUCCGGAAACGCGAAAUGUUCGCUAUCCAACGCCCGGCACCACCAAUCCCGAGGUCACACUAUGGGUGGUAGACAUUAGCAAUAUGACAGACAUACAAUAUUUUAUAUUGAAGCCGCCGCCUGCCUUGGAUGGCCAGGAUUUCUAUAUAACAUCGGCUGGCUGGAUCUCGGAAUUAAAUCAUCAAGUUUCUGUCGUCUACAUGACACGCUCUCAAAAUUAUAGUAUAAUCGCCACUUGUCUUGCGGACACAAAUUGGACAUGUAUAGAGAUACAUGCAGAACGUGCACCCGAAGAUGAGUGGCUCGAUAUACUACCACAUCCUGUUUUCGCGCCGGAUGGCAAUAGUUUUCUAAUAUUGGCGAGUAUACAGGAAUUUGGUAAUGAACAUUUCACACACAUCAAACAUGUCACAAUGACACAACAACGUAUUGCCGUCAUAUCACAUGGCCGCUACGAGGUGCUAAAAAUCCUUUGCUGGGAUACCGUCAAUCAUUUAGUGUACUAUCUGGGUACACAAGACAAAAAGCCCGGUCAGCGGCAUUUGUACAUGGUGAAAGAUCCGGUCAACGAUGAGAGUAGAAAAACUGAACCACAGUGCAUUACCUGCGAUUUGGGCGAGGCGCUUUGGAGCAGUCGCUAUUAUUAUGUGAAUUGUUCUCAUUUCGAUGCCUUCAUGACACCAGUGUCUUCCAUAGCAACUCAAUAUGGUAUUGAAUUUUACAUAUUAGAAUGUCAGGGACCCGGCUUGCCGGUGUCGGGUGUGCAUAUGCAGAAAUCGCAUAGUUUGGUGAAAAUACUUUACGACACCCGUCCGUUCUUUACGGAGCGUCUGCAAAAGUUGGCGCUACCGACACAACGUUCAUUCGAGAUACCAUUGCCACAUGGGAGUCGGGCACAAGUGCAAUUACUUCUACCGCCUAGUUGGCGUGAAGAGCUUAGGGAUGCCGCCUUUCCUGUGGUCGUCGAAGUCAAUGGCCGCCCAGGUUCCGAGUCUGUUUCGGAGAAAUUUCAAAUAGACUGGGGCACAUAUAUGUCAUCGCGUAACGAUGUCAUUUACAUACGCUUAGAUGUACGAGGCGCGAAGGGCCAAAGUAAAAAGCAGCUGUACCGACACUUAGGCGGCGUCGAAGUACAGGAUCAGAUUUCUGUUUUAAGAUAUCUUCUGGAUACAAUUAGUUUUUUAGAUGAAACGCGCGUGGGUAUUUGGGGUUGGGGCUAUGGGGGUUACGUAACCUCAAUGGUGCUUGGCACACAACAGGAUGUGUAUAAAUGUGGCAUAGCCAUAUCGCCAAUCGCCGACUGGCUCUACUACAAUUCCGCUUUCACAGAACGUAUAUUAGGCCUGCCGGCGGAGAACUACAAAGGCUAUGUUGAAGCCGAUGCCACUCAACGAGCGCGCCUCAUCAAAUCACACUCAUUCUUCCUAAUACACGGUUUAGCCGACUCAACCGCACCCUAUAUACAUGGCAUACAGUUGGCCAAAUCGCUAACGGACGCCAACAUCUUGUACAGAUAUCAGACAUACGCGGAUGAAGGUCAUGAACUAUCCGGGGUGCUCGAACACGUCUAUCUCUCGAUGGAGCAUUACUUUGCCGAUUGCUUAAGCUUGGAUCCGGACGAUACGAAACCCGAUCUGGAUCAAAAAAUAGUGCCAGCUGAGUAAAGCGUAAAAGAGCGCGAGAGAGAGAGUAGUGGUUGCUGGCAAGCACAAGAUAUUACAACUAGCAACUAAGCGCGAUUUAGUGAUUUAAAAAAUAAUUAACUUUAGGCAAAUAUUACAAUUAAGCACAAGUGCAUUAAGAAAGAGUUACAAAGUGAAAUGUAAAAUGGACUAUUGUAGAAUAAUGAGCAAAGCAACAAGGCAACAAGCAGUAGAUAUCAAACAUACAUACAUACAUACAUACAUAUACAAGCAUAAGGAGCGGAAAAUAAACUAAAAGUUAUAAUACUGAAAUAUUGUACAAUAUUAUGGAUGAAUAAUAAAAGACAAACAAUUAACAAAAAAAACAGCAACAACAACAAAGGAUAUUAAAUUAAAUAUGCGAUUCAUGCGGCAUUUAUCUUCCAACUAGUUGCACUUUACGUAAGCGUAUUUAAGCGUAAAAGUCAACACAUUUAGUCUGUAUGUGUGUGGGUAAGAAACUAGUGUUGCCAGCCGAUGUACGAUUUGUAAAUGAAUUGUAAUGGAAUUUUCGAAAAUUUGGUUGCUCACUUACAUUGGAUAGCAGCCAAAACAAAUGAAAAAAUUCAAAAUUAUUGUAUUUUAGUUAGUUAGGUAAAUGCAAUUGAAAUUAUAAAAAAUACGAAUGAAUAAAUAAUGCGAGUACUUAAAAAUCAUUCAAAAUGUAUGUAAGUGUGAAGAAGCCUGUGCGCUUUGUAAGCGAGUGACGAAAGCACGUACAGCGCGGAAAAAAUUUGGCUGAAGUUAAUUGGAAACACUGGCAACACCGCAACUGAUUUAAUGUUUUAAGAGAUUUUAAAUUAAAUACCGUUAAUUGAAAACUGUUUAUUAUUAUUUAUAUUUAAUUUUCAAUUUCUCUUAAUUGUUUAAUUAAGCGAAUGUUCUUGUGUCACUCGCUUACAAAGGUACGACGCUAAUGUAAAUAUAAUCAUAUUUUGUGUAAAUAAUUAACUAAGUAUGUAAUGAAAAUUAUGCACAAAGACAGCAACGAGACAACGCAUAAUUUGAACGAACUUAACGCAAUAAGUAAUUCAACGCAGAACAGGCACAAAAUCAAUUUUAUAUAUAUAAAUUGAUAAAUUUAUAUGAAAAGUUAUAUUAUAUUUACAACAAUUUAUUUAAAUAAUCUGCAAAAAAAUCAAAAUAUUAAACGCAGUAAUAAACCAUGGGAACAAAUAACAAAGGUCCAUUUUACAUGAAUAGAACAAACUGAGUGGCAUUAUAUCGAGUGUGAAUCAAGCUAUUUCCUAAUGGGAAUGUUUAAUAUCUUACAACCGUUUCACGUUAACUGUUUUUGAGGAAACCUUGAGCUGACUACUUUAAAUAAUGCAUACAAUUUUCGAAAUCAUUCUCGUUAAGUUGUUGUCUGUCAACACACCUAGGCCUUUGGGAGCCAGUAGUGUCACCACCGGGACUGGGAUACCCUCACACUAUUUUGUACUAAAUAUUUGAACCACCUUGUGGUCUUGGUAAAAUGAGAUAAUACGCAUAGUUCGAUAUGUUCCACCACAUCAUCUAUGGAAACCGCUUCCGAUAGUUACGAUUAUUUUCCUGUAUAAGGACUUGCAUUGACAAAGAAGAUGUUCUACAGUCUCUUCUUCUUCUUGAGAGUUUCUGCAGUAAGCAUUGAAAGGUAUCCCAGUCUGCUAGCAGUCUGCAAUGUCUCCCAAUCAGAAAGUGUCCUGUUACCCCUACUAGGGAUCUUAUGAUCCGGUAGCCGGUAUGUAUUAUAAUUUUGCUGAAAAGAUACCACCUCCCACUCGGUUUUCUAGUUUUUAUCCGUCCGUAUUGAUAUUUAUCUCUGAAUCUUUGUUUCUUUGCCAUUUCAUGCCUGACUUAGCGUUAUUCUGAAAGUUCCACUGAUACAUAUGCUUGCUACAUGACUUACACCUAUAGGAUUUAUCAACCGUCGUAGAAUACAAGUGAUGCACAGUGCCGGGGUUGCAUAUAAUCUAUGCCCGAAAAUAAUAAGUGUGCUUAAUUUUUGGUGUGUUUAUUGUUGCUGUAGCGCCCUAUUUAAACAAUCACUAAACGUUUUAAAUAUUACUGGAAUUCUCAUCAGAAGAACGUACCACUUCUUCGAGAGAUUAAAGAAAUCAUUGUAAUCUAUUUGAUAGAAGGCCCACGGAAAUAUAAAUAUAAUAAACUUUUCCAUAUGAAUGAACAUUAGGGAGGACCAAUGUUUUGGGACUAAUUCCAUUUGGUUCGUAUUAUUUUAUCUUCGACUUUACUUGCUUGGAAUAUAAUGCUUAAUGUAAAACUUCGGAAUGAAUCAGUUUGUCGAUCAAUUCACUGGUUUGAGAUAACAUUUUAGACGCCUACUUUUAAAUGUAAAUGUUCAUGUAAAUAACACUCUGAAUUAGACUUACAUGUAUGUAUGUGAGUAUUAUUAUUCCAGCAUAUUAGAUUGAUUGAUGACUAGAAGAAAGGUUAAUUAUUGAUAUCAUGUACUCUUGUUUGAAAGUAGUUUGGUUCGCACUCAAAAAUAUGUAUUAGUCAACUUUAUUUCCUUAUAUUUUAGAUGAUUAUUUGUAGAAAUACGAGUGUAAACCUGAAGACAGUUUAGAGAAAACAUAAAUUUUUAUUAAAAUUAUCGGUUGUUGAUAUUCGAAAUACUAGUGACAGACAAAUAGUUAGUACAGAAAUCACCAUUGAGACGAGUGCUGCUCUUCAAAGAGUUAAGAAAACGAAAUUUAAGCUUCUCAUUAAAUAAUUAUUCUUUCCGCUAAACUUAUAACCACUUUAAUGCUAUCUUCGCUGCUUUGGCGACAACAGAGGACAAGCAAUUAAAAACUAGUAUACUGUCGAUUUUUGGAAAAAAAUAAUGUCAAUUUUCCUUGAGUCUUCUUUUUGAACUUUCUCGAAGUGAGCUUAUUUCAAACUACUACUAAUGAGUAGAAAAGAGAAACUAUUUUAAAAAGUACUCGUUUUUGUGCUUCGAGUUGUAAAGUCUUCCAUCAUUCAACUGUCUAUUCUUCUAACUAAAAUACCAGUUAUUCUCAAGAUUGUCUAAUUACUAUUGAUAGUAAAAUAUAUAAAUCAGUCAAAUGCUUGCUUUACCGUUAAAUUAUAAGCCAGCUAUCAUGGACGUAUGAAGACUUAUGUUCAUAUAUGUAAAAUAUAUGACUAAUCGAAAAUCCUUGUAUAUAGUGGGAAACAACAAAUUUAUUCGAUCUCAUUACUCUUACUCAAAAAACAGACAUCGUACAUACUCAUACAUACUUACAUACUUACAUCGAUAGUUCCAAUUUGCAUUAACAUAUCAUUCUGUGUAUAAAAACGUUUAUUGCAUUAAUUAAAAGAAUAUUGAAAGUACUCUCACAUUAGAUAUAAUUCAAACAUUGUUAAACAUUAAAAUUAAUACAAAAGCAUUCAUAAGCACAUUUAAGUAAAUCAACGUAUUAUAUACUCAUACAUACUAAAUAUAAAGACGUGCUGUGGAGAGUUUUAAAUAUAUAUAUAUUAUAAUACAUAGAACGUAAUAAUAGUAUAUAAUAUGUUAAGUUUAUCGGUACAUACACUUGUCUGUAUGUAUAGUAUACGCUUUUGAUUUCGAUAUACUGCUCCAAAGAUUUUGUUAAAACAUUAUUUUUAUUAUUUGGUGUUAUGUGAACUGAAGAUAUAACUUAGUUGGUAAGAGCCGAUUAUUUAAAAUAUUUUUAUUGUGAUUGGCGUGGAAACCGUUUUGCCGGUUAUAGUCGAGACGAUGAUAGCGCGCCAAUAUUUUAAAUAUAAUAUAAAUAUUUUUAUUACUCUUUUGCAAUUAAUUUAAAGUAUUUGUUGAAAAAUAAUAACAA